AUGGCUGAUAAUCUACUUCUACCAACUCCCCCACCACUGAAUGACGCUGAAAAAAUAAUCAAACUGGCAAACUCAAAAGACGGAGGAAUUAUGGACUAUGUCAUUCCUGUUUUUGAUCAGUUAAAUUCAGGAAUAAUUAGACCAGAAAUGGAAGCCCUCCAUUUUGAGUUAAAACCAGUAAUGUUUAAUAUGUUGCAAACCAACGGUCAGUUCAGUGGUUUGCCAUCUGAAGAUUCGCACUCACACUUAAAAUCAUUCAUGGAAAUAACUGACACUUUCCCUAUCCCGGGAGUAUCUAACGAUGCUUUGAGACUCACAUUGUUUCCUUUUUCUUUAAGGGAUAGGGCAAAGUCUUGGUUCAAUUCCUUGCAACCAGGAUUUGUGGAUUCUUGGAAUAGCGUGGCAAAAAAGUUUUUAAAAAAAUAUUUUCCUCCCACUCGGAAUGCUAAGUCCAGAAACGAAAUUUGUCUUUUUAGACAAAUGGACGAUGAGGCAGUUCCUGAUGCUUGGGAAAGGUACAAGGAGCUAUUAAGAAAAUGCCCUCACCAUGGCAUUCCAUACUGUAUACAGCUCGAGACAUUUUACAAUGGGUUGAAUCUCACUGCAAAACAAAUGCUCGAUGCUACAUCAGGAGGAGCUUUCACAGCUAGUACCUAUAAUGAUGGAUAUGAUAUCCUUGAAAAGAUUUCUAAUAAUAAUGGACAUUGGGCCGACCCACGUGCACUAGUACCACGUAAAACAACAGGAGUUCAUGACAUAGAUGCUUUUACAGCAUUAACGGCUCAGAUGACUACAAUGACUAAUUUGAUUAAAAAUUUAACAAAUGGUCAAGUAGCACAAUCCAUAGCCACCACGCAUGCUCCAACUGUUGAGUCGGUACAAUGUGCGUAUUGUGGUGGAGGACAUCCCUUUGAACAUUGUCCGUCUAACUCCGAAUCAGUCAAUUAUGUGGGGAAUCAAAAUAGAUCAGGACCAUUUUCUCAAACGUACAAUCCUGGUUGGAGACAACACUCAAAUUUUUCAUGA